AUGACAUCGGUGACUGUUUUUGUUAUGUUUCUUCUUUUUUCUGAGAGUCAUUCGUUUGUAUUGCGACAGAAUCGACAAGCGAUAAUUCCAACUGGAAAUUCUCAAUCACCCAUCUUGGCCAAUCUCUCUGAAACCAAGUAUGUUGAAUAUCCAUCAUUUCUAUUUUCAAUCGGCGAUCGUGAAUUUACAGCGUUUCGUGCAUUUAAUCGUAAUGGUGAAACCAUUUCAAUUAUGCCCAUCCUUACAAAUUCGAAACCAUUGAUCGUUAGUGGUGGUUGUCUUACAGACUUCUUUACAUUUCAAAAUGCAGAUCUUCAUUGGUCAAAGUCUGAACAUAGAUUUUCCAAGGUAAAUUAUAUUGCUGAAGCUUAUUUCAUUCACAAAAAUUUAGAUACAAAUGAAACAGCGGUUUUUGCAUACUUCUUUAAACUAGCCGAUUCUCAAUCACAAGAGAAUAAUGAUGAGACAAAUGGUUGGGACUAUGUUAUACAGAAAUUCGCUAACAACACUAAUAUUACAAUAGCAAGCGGCUUGUCAUCAUUAAUAAAAGAAAAGCAUGAUCGAUUCAUUCACUAUAUGGGUAGUUUCACAACAGAACCAUUAACAGAAGAUGCUAUUUGGAUACUAGUUUCGAGUAACAUGCACGUAAAAGAUACCUCAUCGAAUCACUUUCGCAAAAAUAUCAUCACAAGUAACUAUCGGGUGAUGCAAUCGAUCAAUGCUCGUACUGUUCGACGUAGCUUUUUCUCAACUUCAUGGAACAACUCAUAG